UGUUCGGCCGCAACGGCGGAGUCGGGCUAGAGCGGCAGACCGGCGAGCGGCGUCAUGCGCCUCCACCAGACGGCUCCGGUCGGUCGUUCUCUGUGAGCCAUAAGCUGCGUCUUGUGGAGGUUUAGUCACUAGUCAUGGGGACGGUUUGGGCCGUCCUGCUCGUCUUCAUCGGCUGUUGCAGCAACGUGGUGUUCCUGGAGACGCUCGUGAGAGAAUUUCCAGGAUGUGGGAACAUCGUCACCUUUGCUCAGUUUGCAUUCAUUGCCAUAGAGGGGUUCAUCUUCGAAACACACUUCGGGAGGAAGAAACCAGCAAUACCCAUAAGUAACUAUGUGAUCAUGGUGGCCAUGUUCUUCACGGUCAGUGUGGUCAACAACUACGCCCUUAACUUCAACAUUGCCAUGCCACUACACAUGAUCUUCAGAUCUGGAUCCUUAAUUGCUAACAUGAUCCUGGGUAUAAUAAUUCUGAAGAAAAGGUAUUCUGCAAGCAAAUACUUGUCUAUAAUGAUGGUUUCAGCUGGCAUCCUCAUCUGCACCAUUAUGUCUGCCAAACAAGUGAACGUGACGCAUGAGGGUUCAGGAGAUGACAGUUUUUAUGCAUUCAUGCGCUGGCUUUUAGGUAUCGCCAUGUUGACAUUUGCUUUGCUAAUGUCUGCGAGAAUGGGUAUUUUCCAGGAGACGUUGUAUAAGCAGUACGGCAAACACUCCAAGGAGGCUCUCUUUUAUAAUCACUGCCUCCCUCUGCCUGGGUUUCUGCUUCUCUCCACUGACAUUUACAACCACGCCGUGUACUUCAGUCAGAGCACUCCUGUGGACAUCCCUGGGCUUGGCCUGGCAGUGCCAGUAAUGUGGAUUUACCUACUGAUGAAUGUCAUUACACAAUAUGUGUGCAUCCGCGGCGUAUUCAUCCUGACAACGGAGUGCGCCUCCCUGACAGUGACUUUGGUGGUCACCCUGAGAAAGUUCAUCAGUCUCAUCAUCUCCAUACUGUAUUUCCAAAACCCCUUCACCACUUGGCACUGGGUCGGCACGGCUGUGGUGUUCCUGGGCACUCUGCUCUACACGGAGGUGUGGACCACUAUCCAAACAGCCCUGCGCAUUCCUGACAAACAGUCGAAGAAGACACAGUGACCUCGUGGACAGACUUGUUGCUCGGCCAGCAACUUGGAUACGCCUGUAAAAAUUGGGUUAUCUUCCUGUUUUCCUAUACUGCAAAUGCAGCCAGUCGAGAUUUUUUUUUUUAAAAUGCUAUUAUGGUUUCAGUUGGUAAUGUUCUCUCUUUCGUUGUCAUGCAAAAGCUUGCAACAUGUGCCGUAUAGGGAAAUUCCCCUUUCCAUUGUUUGAUAGGACGCUUUUAUCAGGAUACCUCGUCAACACUGCACUUGCAAAGAUAUGCAGAAGCCCAGACCUGUGCUUCUCUGUCAGGUCCUCAGAUACCACCGGUGCCUCUGGUUUUCUGAUCUGCCAAGUAGUUCAGACAUUCACCUGUUCCAGGUGCAAAGCCUGACUGAUUGGAAGCUGGAAUAACUGGAACAAAAGGUGAAUGAAGUAAACAGAAAACCAGGAGUGCUGAUGGUAACAGAUGACUGGAUUAAGAAUCAAUAUUGUUUCACACAUUUGUCUCGUCAGCGUUGUCGUUUCGUUGAGUAUUUAUGUAGAUUUAAAUAUUUUUCAAAACACGAGGACUGCGGCUGCCUUCGGCUUCGUAUGCAUUGCCAAUUUGCUGAACGUAAUAGUCAAGUCAAUUUUAUUUGUAUAGCCCAGUAUCACAAAUUACAAACACUGUUGAUUUGUGAUCAAAGUGCGUUAAUACUGUACAAAUAUGCAGUUGGAAUCGGAACUGUUAAAAUCCAGAGAGUUAAUUUAUACAGCUCAUUUCACUCGUUUUGGUUUGAUGCACUGUCAUGUGUCAAUGAUAUGAUCUGCCUCAGGAGUUUUGGACCAAUAUUUAUCGUCAGGAGCCGUGUUCAUGCAGUACUGCACACCAUUAAACUCUGUUAUAGCCAUCCGCCUGCUGUUAUAAAAAUGACUAUAGUAGCUACUGUUAAUUAUCUGUAAAUCAAAUGAAGUCCCGCAAUCGUGUCCUAGAAACAUUUGAUGUUUGGAAGGCAAUGAUUUUUAUGUAUUUUAAAGUUGUUUUCCCCAAGAAAGCCUUGUGUGUGUGUGUGUGUGUGUGUGUACACACCAAGCCUUCACAUUGGCAGCUGAUGAGUGAGCACGAAACAAGCUUGCACUGAAAUGUAUG